AUGGAAGGUGGUACAAAGAAGGUCCCGGCUAGCGAACAAGUCAAGAAUGGGACCCAUCCAACCAGACGCGCAGACGUAGCGGCGGGAAGUACUUUGAGAGACAAUGUUAACUACCACCCGAAACGAACGAAUCGACAAUUACAACCCGACAGACAAUCCGCAGCUAGCCGAAAGAUAUACACCGAAUGUCACUACGUCGGAGCUGUCGAUCAAUGUAUCUUGUUCUACGAUCGGGUCAAACCAGCCGGAACGGCACGCGGAAGAACAAGCAACUCACGUGCCAAGUGA